ACUCGACUUUAAGAACGUGUGUUUGUCAAGCAUUUUCAAUUGUACUUCCGUUCAUUUACAAGUUAUUUUCUCUUCUUCUGAAAAAGGGAUCUUGAAUUUUGGACUCAUAUCAAGAUGCUCUGAAGAACAAGAACCCUUUAGGAUAGCCACUGCAACAUCAUGACCAAAGACAAAGAACCUAUUGUUAAAAGCUUCCAUUUUGUUUGCCUUAUGAUCAUAAUAGUUGGAACCAGAAUCCAGUUCUCUGACGGAAGUGAAUUUGCAGUAGAUAAGUCAAAAAGAGGUCUUAUUCAUGUUCCAAAAGACCUACCGCUGAAAACCAAAGUCUUAGAUAUGUCUCAGAACUCCAUAGCUGAGCUUCAGGUCUCUGACGUGAGCUUUCUGUCAGAGUUGAAAGUUUUGAGACUUUCCCAUAACAGAAUCCAGCUACUUGAUUUAAGUGUUUUCAAGUUCAACCAGGAUUUAGAAUAUUUGGAUUUAUCUCAUAAUCAGUUGCAAAAGAUAUCCUGCCAUCCUAUUGUGAGUUUCAGGCAUUUAGAUCUCUCAUUCAAUGACUUCAAGGCCCUGCCCAUCUGUAAGGAAUUUGGCGAAUUGUCACAACUGAAUUUCUUGGGAUUGAGUGCUAUGAAGCUACAAAAAUUAGAUUUGCUGCCAAUUGCUCACUUGCAUCUAAGUUAUAUCCUUCUGGAUUUAAGAAAUUAUUAUAUAAAAGAAAAGGAGACAGAAAGUCUACAAAUUCUGAAUGCAAAAACCCUUCACCUUGUUUUUCACCCAACUAGUUUAUUCUCUAUCCAAGUGAACAUAUCAGUUAAUACUUUAGGGUGCUUACAACUGACUAAUAUUAAAUUGAAUGAUGACAACUGUCAAGUUUUCAUUAAAUUUUUAUCAGAACUCACCAGAGAUCCAACCUUACUGAAUUUUACCCUCAACCACAUAGAAACAACUUGGAAAUGCCUGGUUAGAGUCUUUCAAUUUCUGUGGCCCAAACCUGUGGAAUAUCUCGAUAUUUACAAUUUAACAAUAAUUGAAAGCAUUCAUGAAGAAGACUUUACUUAUUCUAAAACGACAUUGAAAGCACUGAAAAUAGAACAUAUCACGAACCAGGUUUUUCUGUUUUCACAGACAGCGUUGUACACCGUGUUUUCUGAGAUGAACAUUAUGAUGUUAACCAUUUCAGAUACACCUUUUAUACACAUGCUGUGUCCUCAUGCACCAAGCACAUUCAAGUUUUUGAACUUUACCCAGAAUGUUUUCACAGAUAGUAUUUUUGAAAAAUGUUCCACGUUAGUUAAAUUGGAGACACUUAUCUUACAAAAGAACGGAUUAAAAGACCUUUUCAAAGUAGGUCUCAUGACUAAGGAUAUGCCAUCUUUGGAAACACUGGAUGUUAGCUGGAAUUCCUUGGAAUCUGGUAGACAUAAGGAAAACUGCACUUGGGUUGAAAGUAUAGUGGUGUUAAAUUUGUCUUCAAAUAUACUUACUGACUCGGUUUUCAGAUGUUUACCUCCCGGCAUCAAGGUACUUGAUCUUCACAGCAAUAAAAUAAAGAGCAUUCCCAAACAAGUCAUAAAACUGCAAGCUUUGCAAGAACUCAAUGUUGCUUUCAAUUCUUUAACCGACCUUCCCGGAUGUGGCAGCUUUAGCAGCCUUUCUGUAUUGAUCAUUGAUCACAAUUCAGUUUCCCACCCAUCAGCUGAUUUCUUCCAGAGCUGCCAGAAGAUGAGGUCAAUAAAAGCAGGGAACAAUCCAUUCCAAUGUACCUGUGAGCUAAGGGAAUUUGUCAAAAAUGUAGACCAAGUAUCAAGUGAAGUGGUAGAGGGCUGGCCUGAUUCUUAUAAGUGUGACUACCCAGAAAGUUAUAGAGGCACCCCACUAAAGGACUUUCACAUGCCUGAAUUAUCCUGCAACAUAACUCUGCUGAUCGUCACCAUUGCUGCCACCAUGCUGGUGUUGGCUGUGACUGUGACCUCCCUCUGCAUCUACUUGGAUCUGCCCUGGUAUCUCAGGAUGGUGUGCCAGUGGACCCAGACUCGGCGCAGGGCCAGGAACGUACCCUUAGAAGAACUCCGAAGAAAUCUCCAGUUUCAUGCUUUUAUUUCAUAUAGUGAACAUGAUUCUGCCUGGGUGAAAAAUGAAUUGGUACCUUACCUAGAAAAAGAAGAUAUACAGAUUUGUCUUCAUGAGAGAAACUUUGUCCCUGGCAAGAGCAUUGUGGAAAAUAUCAUCAACUGCAUUGAGAAGAGUUACAAGUCCAUCUUUGUUUUGUCUCCCAACUUUGUCCAGAGUGAGUGGUGCCAUUACGAACUCUACUUUGCCCAUCACAAUCUCUUUCAUGAAGGAUCUAAUAACUUAAUCCUCAUCUUGCUGGAACCCAUUCCGCAGAACAGCAUUCCCAACAAGUACCACAAGCUGAAGGCUCUCAUGACGCAGCGGACUUAUUUGCAGUGGCCCAAGGAGAAAAGCAAACGUGGGCUCUUUUGGGCUAACAUUAGAGCCGCUUUUAAUAUGAAAUUAACACUAGUCACUGAAAACAAUGAUGUGAAAUCUUAAAAAAAUUUAGGAAAUUCAACUUAAGAAACCAUUAUUUACUUGGAUGAUGGUGAACAGUACAGUCCUAAGUAACUGUCUGGAGGUGCCUCCACUGUACUCAUGCCUUCAGGAAAGACUUAACAAAAACAAUGUUUCAUCUGGGGAACUGGGCCAGGCGGUGAGGUGGUACUCAACCUGCCAGUUAGAGACAGCCCAGUCUCUUCUGGUUUAAUCAUUAUGUUUCAAAUUGAAACAGUCCCUUCUGAGUAAAUGCUCAAUUUUUCAGCUCCUCUCCACUCUCUUUUCCCAAAUGGAUUCUGUUGUGAGCAAGAGUUUAUAUGGCUUCAUGGCAGCAAGGAAACAGUCAACUUCAGCAUCAUAUGCACCAGUCCUUGGAGUGCCCUGUGAAUCCUAUUGGUCUUUGGGUCAGUGUCAUCAUUAUCUUCAAGUUUGGGGGUUGGGGAAAAAAUUAGAUCAGCUACAGCAUAUAAAAAAGUCUUUUGUUUCACAUAUGUGUAAUAGCUUAUUUAAUUUUUUAUUCUGCUACACAAGUACGUAAUUAACCAAUGAGGACUCAUGACUUGGUAGUGUAUGUAUGUAAAGGGAAACGUGGACUUAAUCAUAAGCUGUUGAGGUGAAAGACGUGGUUUUACCUGCUUUGCAAGAAAACUCAGGGCCAAAUUUAUUUGUAACUGGAUAUUGAAUAGGACUUUUCUGAUUGUCUUAGAAUUCUGGCUAAAGCCUCAAAGCUGACAAAAGACAGUAACUGCACCCACAUGAUACUAGACACAGCCAGUCUAGACUCAUCAAAAGAGCAGAAAGAGACCAAUGACUCCCAGUCCAUAUUAUCCAUUUCUAAAAGACUAGAGUCAAAAGCGUGAUUAAAGAGUCAUUAAGUGGAGGUUCUAGACCGUAGGGAGACUGCUUUGAAUUUCUUGCAGAAAAGUGUGAGGGACUGUAAGCACGGUAGAAGGUAACCUGGCAUCCCACUCCGAGACCGAAAGCUUGCAGAGUAACAGGUGCACACAGGUUCAGUGCAGCAGACGUGGUGUGCCUUGAGAACUCUUGGAAGAGCUUGAUGAGUAUUUGCUGGAGCUUGGGAGGAGGGUGGGCACUGGGAACACAGAGACUGGUAAAUAGUGUUUGGCAAAUACAAGUGCUUGACGAAUAUUUGUUGAAUGAAUAGAUGAGUUCUUCCCCCCGGGGAAUUCAGAGGUGAAAGGUUGGCUUGCGCAACCCAAAAUGGCAGGAUGAGAGAAGAGAAGCAGUGAUAGCAACCUGCCCUUCCAUUAUUGGCAUGGUAAAAGGAUGUGAAUUUCUUCACACGGCUUUGACUAUGGAAGAGUAGCUGGGCUUGCGUUGUCAUGAUGGGAUAUCAGCCAAUAGGAUAGCCUGUUGUGCAAAGAAACUAUAGCAGUAAGAGGACACCGGGUUAGGCAGAAGAGGGGUUCGGGGUGGAGGUUGCUGCAAGAGGUCAGCCAGAUAAUGUGCCCCUGCAUCAUGGAACUGUGCAAUGUGGUGUACACUCAAGGCCCUCCAAUAACUCACAGAUGUACCCUGUGAAAAAGCCAGCAUUUGGACUCUGCCAUAGAAGCUGGCAGGAACCUGCUGGCCUGUCUGCCUUAUUCAAUAGUUAACUACAGGAAGAUCUGCUCCUCUUUGUGUAAUACCCUCUUCCCUUGCAAUGGCAUGGGGACAUCUAGAACAUAGAGAAGACAGAGACAAUGGAAGAAGGGUAAAGAAACUGACUACAUGCCUUCUUCAUUUCACUGCAAGGAAGGCCAAGCAGAUUUUUGAAUGAGGUGUGAGAUUGCUGUUAAAUUGGACUGGCCUGGACAUUUUAAUCCCUUAAACAGAGGUGCAAUGACUAAAAUGAGAUUUGUCACUAAAAUUUAUGGUACCUGCCCAAGAUUCAGGAGUGAUGACGGCAGGAGAUCCAACAGAACUUUGUUGUAAGGCAAUGGUUAGAGAAAAAUGAAGCCCUUGCUUUCUGGACUUAGUUCAUUCAAUAAACUGGUUUCAGCCAGGCACCGUGGCACACUUCUGUAAUCCCAGUACUGUGGGAGGCUGAGGCAGGUGGAUCACUUGAGGUCAGGGGUUCGAGACCAGCCUGGCCAACAUGGUGAAACCCUGUCUGUACUAAAAAUACAAAAGUUAGCCGGGUGUGGUGGUGCGCACCUGUAGUCCCAGCUACUCAGGAGGCUGAGGCAAGAGAAUCACUUGAACCUGGGAGACAGAGGCUGUAGUGAGCUGAGACAGUGCUACUGCACUGCCCCCUGGGCAACAGAGUGAGACUCCAUCUCAAAAAAAUUAAAAGAAAAAAAAUCUGGUUUCAUAAUAGCUGUAACGAAAUAAGCCUUAAUGAUGUUUUAUUAGCAUCAUCUUCUGUCUGCAUUAGCCCUUCCCUGCUCUUCAGGAGAACAACAUUUAUUUUCCUCCGUAGGCUCUAUCCCAAACGGCACAUUCUUCCACAACCCCUGCUGAACAGAUCUGUUGAACUGUUGCCUAAUCUAAAAACAAUAAAAACAACAAACAACCACAGUAACAACAACAACAACAAAAAACUGCCACAGAUUCUAAAUAAUCAAAUCUUUUUAAAUGGUAUCAAUGUUUCCCACAAAAUAUAGUUGACAUUGGAAAUAUAGAAUUUUAGCAUUAAUUUUUUUAAACCUACAUCCCCUCGGCAGAGGGGCCUCCCUGCAUCCCAGUGGAAAGUAGGGUCCUCACGGUCCUCUCUGUCACAUUCCUCCCGUUCCUUUUCUUCACAGAACACAUCACUGUCUAAAAUUAUCUUGUUUGCUUAGUUGUUUACUCGUCUUCUCUUUCUCUUCUCUAAAGUAUAAGGAGAACGGGAGCCUUCUCCACCUGUUCUCUGCCUCUCCCCAGUGCUGAGGGGACCCUGCGCACCCCAUUGUAGAUGCACAGUAAAAACUCGUGGGAUGAGCAAAUGACUCUGAAACGGUCCCAUGCAGGAAAUGUCCAUGAAGUCCUGGAUUUUAUCUAAAAAGCCCAGGCAGGCGGGGGCGGGGGCGGCGGGGCUACAGUUCCACGCUGAGCUGCCCCCUGGCCACUCGUCCCCGCCGCGGUGUCUGGGCGGCCCAGGCGUCUGACCUUGGCCGUGGACAACUUCGCGGUGCGCGCUGCUCCUCCCCGUCCGCCACUGGAAGACGCUGGGACGACGCGGCUCCAGGUUUAGCAGGAUACUGAGAGAAAGAAACGGCUGCCUUUCGGAGGCUGGGUGAGUCUCUCCCUGUGCCUCACCUGCUCGCCCCACAGCGGCCCUGCAGCUCUUCCCACGGGGCCCAUUGCCUGGUAGGAGGCGCGCUUUUGUUUUGAGGGUCAGGCAUCUUCUCUGCCGUCGUUUUUGGGAGGUUGAAAAAUUGAUCCAGAAAGACCUAAAACAAAAAACAAAAAAACAGGGAAGCAAAAAGGAGGCAAAACAAAACAAAAAUCCAUACAAAUAAAGUAUCUCCUCCAACCAUGUUUGCGCUAUUCCUUCUCAUUCCUCCAUCCAGUGCCACAAUUUGGUAAGUUUGCCUCAACACGUUUUCAGUUCUUAACAUUGUGACGAGAAUAAACAGUAGAUCCCGUAGUAAGAUGACCUGUUAAAAGGAAUGGGGCAUGGUAAAGAUGAGCUUGGAUGAGGAAAGGUGUCAGUCCGUUUGGGCUGCUCUAAGUUGUGAGAUGUGUGUUGUUAGUUAAUUUUGCCUUUGGUUGAACAUCAUAGAGUGCACUCACACAGAUAUAGAUGGCAUAGCUUACUACCCACCUAGGCUUAUGGUAUAGCCUGUUGCUUCUAGGUGAUUGUAACACAAUGCUAAGUAUUUGUGUAUCCAAACAUAUCUAAACAUAGCAAGGGUGUGGUAAAAAUAUGGUAAAAAAGAUAAAAAUUGCACACUUGUAUAGGGCACUGAUGUGGGUUGGCUGUGUCCCCACCCAAAUCUCAUCUUGAAUUCCCACAUGUUGUGGCAGGAACCCAGUGGGAGGUGAUUGAAUCAUGGGGGCGUGUCUUUUCCUGUGCUGUUCUCCUGUCAGUGAAUGGGUCUCAUGAAAUCUGAUGGUUCUUUAAGGGGGAGUUUCCCUGCACAAGUUCUCUCUCUUCCCUGCUGCCAUGUAAGAUGUGACUUGCUCCUCCUUGCCUUCUGCCAUGAUUGUGAGGCUUCCCCAGCUCUGUGGAACUGUAAGUCCAAUAAACCUCUUUCUUUUGUAAA